UUAAAAUAAUAUCUUUAAACAAUGUUUUAAAAGUCUUCAAUGUCUUAAAAUAAUAUUUCAAAAACGUCUGAAAAAUUUUAAAACGUCUUUAAGACGUCAUAUUGUUGCGUGGGAUAAAGCCCUUUAUAUAUUUGAAAUAACACGUUUUAAUAGCACGCGUUUUACCACAAUAGUUAUUUUAGUGCGAUAGCUCCCGCAAAGAUUAACAACCAUACAUCUCCAACCAUCUUUAAACUUCAGGUAUAACAAUAAUCAUGUGUUAUAGCACCGUCAUUCGCAUUACAUUAUUUUAAACGACACAUAUUGCAUACUGAGCGUCUUCAUUGAUUAAUUAGACACUCUUCGUCAAUUUAUUAGAAUAUGCACUUUUAAUAAUAAUUAUUUUAUUUAUUUUGAAAUGAUGAUUGCAAUAUAUAUAAUGUCUUAGUAAAUAUUUUUAAGAUCAGAUACGUAGUUUGAUUCGUUUAAUUUAUUAAAGAAGAGUGACUACCAGAGACACAUGUCAUCGUUUUCUCCUUUCAGUAAGAAAAACAAUUCUCAUAGACAUAUAUUUCUUUUCAUAAUUGAAAAAAGUGAUAGUGUGUAUAGACUAUUUCAUCGUGAUGCGUGCUAAAAUCUAUGUAUCAUUUUAAUUUCACGAUGCUUAAUAGCAUAUCCAAGCGCAAAUAUUAUCAUAAAAAUGAUAUCGUAUGUUUUUUCGUAACAGACACUCAUAAAACUUGUUAUGCCUUGAAAUUCAAACUGUAAUGUAAACAUUUUUCAAGAGAUACCGAGACACUUAUAAACGUCGCAUUGGUAUCCUCUGAACAGUCGCUGAAAUUCGACAUCUAUAUCACGUACGUUCAAUUUUACAUUCGUCAAAUGUUAACUUUCAGUGUUGCUAUUAAAGAAAUUGAACAAAAGAAAAGCAGAGCCAAACAAAAAGUACGAAAAGCAUAUCAAGUAUACGAAAGUCUUCCGAUGAGUAGAAAAAUCGAUCCGAAUGAUUCUUGGUCGUCUCGAUCAGAAAAUAGUGACUAUUAUUUUCAUCCGAAUGUCUGUCACGUUUGCAAAAUGACGAUGAGAAAUCUGUUGGAAUGUUCGUGUGGCAUGAUCUCUUACUGCUCUAUGUCACACAUGAUUUGGCAUCUAAUUGAACACAAGUGGAUAUGCAACGCUAUAGUCACUUUAAGCCAGAAAAGAAACCUACGAAACACACGUUCCUUAACGUUGAGCGAAUGGGUCAGCUUUAAGAAGGAAAACUUGCAGGCUCUGAAGUCGAUAACAAUACGUGAUGCGAUUCUAUACGAAAAGCAAAUGUUCAUGCGCGCGAAAUCGUGUCUCUAUUGUCACACGCAGGAGAGACUGACCCCUUGCAAGCAUUGUAAUUCCGUCUACAGUUGUCCCGAGCACUCAUUAGCUAUACACGAUUGUGCGCAGCUGAAACUGUCUAUGUCUUUGGAUCAGCACUAUCUAUUGUAUAUUAACAGAGAAAGCAGAUUUCCGACAGAGCACUUGAAUUUCGACAAAGCCGCUGUUCAUGAUAUGAACAAGUUUAUUACAUCGUGCCUACGACAGGAUGGAGUGAAAUGUUUGCGGGAAUUUUAUAACUACAUCCAUUCUGAUAUCUUCUCAGGCCCGCUAACACUGAUCUACGCAAUGCUACAAGCGCAAUUAGUUUUCAACGUAGAGACAAAGGAAAGGGUCGUUGUUCACAUUCUAAGCAAAAGUAACAUUCCUGCAUACAAUUUUUCAGCUUGGGAAAUCGUCUCGCAUGAACUGAUUCCCGACUCAGCGGCUUUACAUGUUAUAACGAUAGGGCCAAACGUGUUAAUGAAAGAUAAAUAUGCCUAUGAGACUUGUACGACCUGCAAAAACAAAAAGAAGUUACUUAUAUCUAGUGAUUGUCGUGUGUUGUACCACAAUUACAUGAAAGAUCCUUUGUAUAUUAAACCGAACAUAAUUAUAAUAUUUAACAUGCAACUUCGAAAUGAGGAUGCAUCGACGGAAAUUAUAAAGACUUGUCAGAGUGAAGGUUGCCCGGUAAUUUUAACGGCUACAUCGAAAAUUGAAGCGAAUAAUAAUGUAACUUUUAUACAGGAAGUACUCGGACCACAUGUGAAUCCUAUUGUUAACGAGAAAAAUAAAUUCGCAUCUCUUAGACCACACAGAAACGAUGAGAAUAACUUAGUAGUUUAUCAUAAUCAGUAUUUAACAGUUUAUCGCGACUUGAAAGACUCGAGUGAUUCAACCAAAAGCAGUAACAGGAGCAUCGAUAUAACUGCUGGUAUUAUUAAUACUAUUAAUACUAAUACUACCAAUACUACCAAUACUAUUAUUACCAAUAUUAUUAAUUUUAAAAUUAGUACUAUUAUUACUAUAGCUUUGAAAUUACUUUUAUUGUUAAUUUUUAUUACAAUAGUAUACGCAGCAAGCAGUUUUCAAAAGAGUGAGUUAUAUUAAUAAAGCCUAUCACGUUUUCUCUCACAAGAUUUAAAAAUGCAUACUUAAAUAUUAAUGUUUUCUGAACUUGGUCUCGAAUGUUCGCUACUCGAUAAUUCUGAUUAUUUCACCUUUCACUCAAAUCUUUGCACAAUUAACAGAGACGUCAUUGCGACAUCCGACGUUAUUAAUUAAUUUUAUUUCUCUUCGUUGCACUCACGCAAAUUAUAUUUAGACAGUAAAUUAGGUUUCCGUCCUUAUAGAAAUAUCAUAUUAAAAAUCAUUGAUAAUUACUUAUUAUCCAGUAUUUUUAAUACUGAAAAUAAGUAAUUAUCAAUGAUUCUUAGUAUGAUAUUUCUAUAAGGGCGGCUAAUAAUGUUUGCAUAUUGUUGUUUGCAUAUUGUUGUUUGCAUAUUGUUCAAUUUCAAAAAAUUAAAUGUUGUUAUUAUAAUUAGAAUAUAAGUAUUUUAGAAACAGACCUAAUUACGUCAUGUAUCGGAAAUGUGUUGUUUUAUCAUGUUUACUCAAUAAAUAAAAAAUUAUUGAUAGAACAAUGAUAUUGAUAUUUAGCAAGAUGUUUUUUAGUAGUUUGUAACAUUGUUACAAAUAACUUCGACUUUUUAAUAUUUUUGAAACAUUUUUGCAAUGUUAUUGCAAUAUUGUAUUAUUCAAUGAGAUUUUGGAAAUGUUUUUUAAAUAUUAAACGAAAAUGUUCAACAGAUACGCGUAAAAUUAAAAGAUCAAAAGGUUAAAAUUUCAAAAGGUUGGUCUAAUGUUUUUGUUUAUUGAGUAUAUUCUAUACUUUGUAAAUAAAUAUAAUUUUUUUCACACAUAUAUGUAUUUGAAUAUAAUUAUUGUAUUAAGUAAUUUUGCCACAUACAUAUUAAUGUAUAAUAAAUUUAUAACAAAUAUAUAU